UAGACGCCGCUCCGCCUCGCGCGCGCACGGAUGCGGUGCUGGGCUCCGGCGGGGAACCCCGGGAGGCUACGCGUCUGAACGCGAGCCGGGAGAGCCGCGAGCCUCUCGCGCCCCUCCUCCGCCUUCCCCCUCCCGGCCGGAAUCUCCGCGAGCCCCUCGCGCCCCUCCUUCUCCUCCUCCCCCAUCCCGCCGGGAACCUCCUCGCGCCCCGCCCGGACUUCUCAACCUGAAGGGAGCGAAUCCGCCCCCCUCCCGUCCACACCACCCGUGAUCAGGCUGAAGAGGGGGCGGCGACGGCGUGGGGACCGGACUCGGUCAUCGGGGACCCAAGCGCCUGGGGCUGAGGAUCCGGAGUCGAGCGCCAGGAGCCAGGGGCUCCGCCGGGAUGGGCAACCUGGAGAGCGCCGAGGCCGGGCCGGGAGAGCCGACCCCCGUGCCGCUGCUGCUGCCCCCGGGCAAGAUGCCGAUGCCGGAGCCGUGCGAGCUGGAGGAGAGGUUCACCCUGGUUCUGAGUUCCAUGAAUCUUCCUCCAGACAAGGCCCGUCUCUUGAGACAGUAUGACAAUGAGAAGAAGUGGGACCUCAUCUGUGACCAGGAGCGAUUUCAGGUGAAGAAUCCUCCCCACACUUAUAUCCAGAAACUACAGAGCUUCCUGGACCCCAGUGUGACUCGGAAGAAGUUCAGGAGGAGAGUCCAAGAGUCGACCAAAGUGCUGAGGGAGCUAGAGAUCUCUCUUCGGACGAAUUACAUUGGGUGGGUCCGAGAGUUUCUGAGUGAUGAGAACAAAGGGCUGGAUGUGCUGGUCGAUUACCUGUCUUUUGCACAAUGUUCUGUCAUGUUUGAUUUUGAGGGUCUGGAAAGCAGCGAUGAAGGCGCUUUUGAGAAGCUGCGAUCCUGGAGCAGGUCCAUCGAGGAUCUGCAGCAGCAGCCCAGUGCCCUGUCAGCUCCUUUCGCCAACAGUCUUGCUCGCUCUGCACGGCAGUCUGUGCUACGGUACAGCACUCUUCCUGGGAGAAGGGCCCUGAAGAACUCCCGCCUUGUGAGCCAGAAGGAUGAUGUCCAUGUCUGCAUCCUCUGCCUCAGGGCUAUUAUGAACUACCAGUAUGGAUUCAACUUGGUCAUGUCCCACCCCCAUGCUGUCAAUGAGAUUGCCCUCAGUCUCAACAACAAGAACCCCAGGACCAAAGCCCUUGUUCUGGAGCUGCUAGCUGCUGUGUGCUUGGUGAGGGGAGGCCAUGAGAUCAUCCUUGCUGCCUUUGACAACUUCAAAGAGGUGUGCAAAGAGCUCUACCGCUUUGAGAAGCUGAUGGAGUACUUCAGGAAUGAGGACAGCAAUAUCGACUUUAUGGUGGCCUGCAUGCAGUUCAUCAACAUUGUGGUACAUUCGGUGGAAGAUAUGAAUUUCCGAGUCCAUCUGCAAUAUGAGUUCACCAAGCUUGGGCUGGAGGAGUUCUUGCAGAAGUCUAGGCAUACAGAGAGUGAGAAGCUACAAGUGCAGAUUCAAGCGUACCUAGAUAACGUCUUUGAUGUUGGUGGACUGCUGGAGGAUGCUGAAACCAAGAAUGUGGCGCUGGAGAAGGUGGAGGAGCUGGAAGAGCACAUUUCCCAAUUAUCGGAAAAGUUGCUGGAUCUUGAAAAUGAGAACAUGAUGCGUGUGGCUGAGCUGGAGAAGCAGCUGCUGCAGAGAGAGAAAGAACUAGAGAACAUCAAGGAGACCUAUGAAAACACAAAUCAUCAGGUCCACACGCUUAGGAGGCUUAUCAAGGAGAAGGAGGAAGCCUUUCAGCACAGGUGCCACUUAGAUCCACAUGCUCAGCCCUUGGAGUCAGUGGGCAGCGAUCUCACCAGGGUGGGCCCUACUGAACUCAGCGAGAGUGUGUUCCCAUCAGACCUCAACCUAGCAGUUCCACCCUCAGCCCCGGAAGAGGCAUUGCCCCUGCCCCCACCUCCAGCACCACCCCUCCCACCUCCGGCACCCCCCCUGCCAGAAAAAUGUCCUCCUGCUCCGCCUCUCCCUGGAGCUGCUCCCUCUGUGGUCUUGACUGUGGGCCUGUCAGCUAUCCGUAUCAAGAAACCAAUCAAGACCAAGUUCCGUCUGCCUGUAUUUAAUUGGACAGCCCUGAAGCCCAACCAGAUCAGUGGCACUGUUUUCAGUGAACUUGAUGAUGAGAAGAUCUUGGAAGAUCUGGACCUGGACAAGUUUGAGGAACUGUUCAAGACAAAGGCACAAGGUCCUGCUCUUGAUCUUGUCUGCUCCAAGAGCAAAACGUCACAAAAGGCAGCCAGCAAGGUCACCUUGCUGGAGGCGAACCGAGCCAAGAACCUGGCGAUAACGCUACGAAAGGCAGGCCGCUCAGCCGAGGAAAUCUGCAGAGCAAUCCAUACGUUUGACCUGCAGACGCUGCCCGUGGACUUCGUUGAGUGUCUCAUGCGCUUCCUGCCGACGGAGGCCGAGGUGAAGCUCCUGCGACAGUAUGAGCGGGAGCGGCAGCCGCUGGAAGAGCUGGCGGCUGAGGACCGUUUCAUGCUGCUCUUCAGCAAAGUAGAGCGGCUGACCCAGCGCAUGGCCGGCAUGGCCUUCCUGGGCAACUUCCAGGACAACCUGCAGAUGCUCACACCGCAACUCAAUGCCAUCAUCGCAGCGUCUGCCUCCGUCAAGUCUUCUCAGAGGCUGAAGCAGAUGCUUGAGAUAAUCCUUGCUUUGGGGAACUACAUGAACAGCAGCAAGAGGGGUGCAGUGUACGGAUUCAAGCUGCAGAGCCUGGACCUGCUACUGGAUACCAAAUCUACUGACCGGAAGCUGACUUUGCUACACUUCAUCGCCUUGACCGUGAAAGAGAAGUACCCAGAGUUGGCUGGCUUCUGGCACGAGCUGCAUUUUGUGGAGAAGGCUGCGGCAGUGUCCUUAGAGAACGUGCUGCUGGAUGUGAAGGAGCUGGGCCGAGGAAUGGAGCUGAUCCGGCGGGAGUGUAGCCUUCACGACAACAGUGUCCUCCGCAGCUUCCUCAGUGCCAACGAGGGCAAGCUGGACAAGCUCCAGCGAGACGCCAGGACAGCAGAGGAGGCUUACAAUGCAGUUGUCCGUUACUUUGGUGAAAGCCCCAAGACAACUCCUCCUUCUGUAUUCUUUCCAGUAUUUGUUCGGUUUAUCCGCUCUUACAAGGAAGCAGAGCAGGAAAAUGAGGCACGAAAAAAGCAGGAAGAGGUAAUGCGCGAGAAGCUGCUGGCUCAGGAGGCUAAGAAACUGGAUGCCAAGACUCCAUCCCAGCGGAACAAGUGGCAGCAGCAAGAAUUGAUCGCUGAGCUUCGGCGGCGCCAGGCCAAGGAGCACCGGCCUGUCUAUGAGGGCAAGGAUGGCACCAUAGAGGAUAUUAUCACAGUGCUGAAGAGUGUCCCCUUCACGGCCCGCACUGCCAAGCGGGGCUCACGCUUCUUCUGCGAUGCAGCCCACCAUGAUGAGUCAAACUGUUAGCCCCCAAGGCUGGGAGCCCCUGACAGGCCUGCACCACUGGGCCUGGAGCUACGCCCCGGCCCGAGCCCCAGGUCCCCACUGAGGCACCAAUCACGGAGAAGGAAGCACUUCAGGCCCUCAAGCUCGUCUCUGCAAGUUGAAGGGGUUUGAUCCGGAGCCUUGGAACUGGCAGUGGCUCCCACGUUGGGACUGCCACACUUAUCCCCUCACUUCCUGUUCGCAUCCCAGGCCUUGAGACUGGCUUCCCAUUGGCUUCUGGUCCAGAAGGGGAGACAGCAAUCAUCUUCCCCGUGGGAAUCAGAUUCCCUAGGCCGAGUCCCUGCCCAGGACCCAUGCAUUGUCUUUUACUGCACUUUGCUCUUAAAGGCCUCUAACCACCUGCCCUGUUAGGGCAUUCUUAAUCCCUUCAAGGCAGCUCAGCCCCUUGUUAGGAGUGGGCACAGCCCCUAGCAGGAUCAGGGUGGAGAUGUCAGCUUUAGCACUUCCUGAGAGCUUAGGCUCAGGGCCCUAGGCCUCAACCCAAGGGCAUGAAGAGAAGGAACAAGGGUAGUGGCUAGAUUCUGAUUGGAGGGAGGGAAGAGACAAAGCCCAGAGUAUGAGCUGAUGGGGAGAAAAGUCCUAGACUUUUCUUCUAGAUCCUUAGGUUUAGAUGGCUGCCAGAGCACUGGGGGUUGAAAAUAAUAAUCCUCCAGUGCUUGGGGCCCUGCCUUGCUUAUAAUAAGCAGGGGAGCUUGUUAGGCCAACUUCCGGGCUCAUCAGUAUUGAUGGUGGAGGCUUUUCUACCUGUCCAAAUCUGGUCACUGGCCUCUAAGUGGAGAACAAGGACAGAGCUGGGGAAGGAAGAAAUCAUUGGGAUUGCCUGACCUGUUGAAGGUAAAGAGGGGGCAUCAGCAACUGCAGUGGAAUAGGCCAGCCCUGAUUUUCUAAGUGAGGAAACUGCUCAUUCAGAUCAGCACCUGUUCUGUAACUGAAGUCUUGAGAGCGGCCUGAGGCCUUGGAAAGGUAAAUGACUUGUCACAGUUACACAGCCAGUAAAGGACACUCAAAGGAUUUGUCAUCCUGCCUCUGGAAGCUCUUUAAGGGAAGAAAACAGCAGAGCCCAUGCACUGCCUUGCCAGGGUAGGGCUUUCUAAGUGAGCCAAAUCUCUCUCCUCGUCCUUCUGGCUCCCUCACCUUUUCUAUCCUCUGGAAGGUUAGCCAUCCUGUUUUGUAUAUGGAAAGUAUCCCAUCCCUACUUGUCUUGUGUGUCUCUGUGUAUAUAUCUCUAUCUCUCUGCUCCCCAAAUGCCAACAAAAGCUUAGAGCAUCACUGUGUCUGUGAGUUCUUUCCCCUCGGGGUCAUAGGUUGGCCCAGGGAUGUGGGGUGAAGGGCAGUACCCAUAGAUUCCUUGGAGCCCAAGCUUCUCUGUGCUCGGCACAAAAUAAGCGGUGACAGACAUAAGCCUGUCAGCAACAAGGAACAGAGGCUAUGUGUGGCCGACUCCAGAUAGUGCCUUGAGCUGGUCAGAGGGUUUGAGAUGCAAAGGAGCACGUUAGGUUGAUCCAUGAUGCAUUAAUUCCCCCUGCUGGCUUUAGAGGGUAUAGCCUCCAUUGAGUCUAUAGGUCUCAUUCUAAACUUAU